UCCAAUAAAAAUUUCUCACUUUUAUCGAAUAUUGAAAAACCUUACAAAAAUUACCCAGCAAUUAAAAAAAAAUGAUUAUUCCAUUUCCAUCUCAGUCCUUAUCGUUGUCGUCGCUAAUUGCACUUUCUAUUCCUAAAAUUUUAACCUAACGGCGUGAAACAUAAUCUUUGGCGUGCUGAAUUUUGUAGAAUUUAUUCCCUUUUUUUUAUUUUGAUUCUUCACAAUUUAUUUCGGUGGUUGCUAAUUUUGCUUGUUAGAUGUGUUUAUUCAACGGAGUUGCUGAUUCCAAGGAUCUCAUCUCCACCUACUAAGGUAGUUUUGUCAAUUUCCAGAUCUUAAUCUCCGAAACAAACAAAACGAAACGAAAAUUUAUUAUUAUAAUAUUAGAGGGCGAUGGAUAGAAUUGCAAUUACGACAGCGAUUUUAUUGUUUUCAAUCGUCGCCGAUGUUUCCAAUGCUUCUUCGUUUUCGAAGCUUCGAUUCUUAGCCGAUAAAUCUCCACCAAAGAACGACACAACCGCUGCAACGCCGCCCAGUUCUCAGUUGCCAGCCAAGAAAUUGGAUCCUAAACCCAAUAGUCAAUCGAAAUCGGAUCCAAAUAUAACGCAUACUGCGACUCAAUCUCCAGUUGACAAGAAGGAUCAAAAACUAUCAGAUAAACCGGGGAAAGUGAUUCCACCUCCUCAAAGGGAAAUUGAUAGUGAAAAAAAUUCCAGUUCAACUUCAAAUUCAACGAACUUUAAAACAGUGGGGGAUAAUGAGGGGAAGAAAAAGAACAUAGAUAGUGGAAAGAAACCGAAUAUCACGGAAACUGAACAGGGAGCUGUUGUAUCAAAGGAGGAUAAUAAUAAGAAGCAGCAGCAGAAGACUGAUGAUGAUGGAAAUGAGACCCAGUCAGGGAUUGUCGAAACAUGCGAUGGGGUAGCUAACAGCUGCAAAGACAGGAACUCCUUGACUGCCUGCAUUAAAGGGUCUGAAACUGGGUCCAAACAAUUGGCUGUUCUGGUCCACAAUAGUGGAGAAAAAACUUUGAAAGUCAAUGUUGCUGGCCUUCCUGGGGAAUCUUUUGCCAAAAUACUUAAAGUACCGAAACGUGGAACUAGAAAGAUCAAUAUCUCUUUGGCUAUUAGUGAAACCAGUGAGCUAAAGUUAAGUGCUGGAAAUGGAGAUUGUGUGCUUCACAUGAACCCUCUUGUACCUGAAGGGAACUUUUUCUUAAACCUUCCUUCUUAUGACAAGUUGCUGACUCCAGUAAAUGGCGCAUACUUCUUGAUUGCAACCAUUGUAAUUUUGGGAGGAUCAUGGGCUUGUUGCAUGUUUAGGAAAGGGAGGCGGCAUGAUGGUGGUAUACCUUACCAAGAGCUAGAAAUGGGAUUACCAGAAUCCAUGCAAGCUACUGAAGUAGAAACGGCUGAAGGUUGGGACCAGGGUUGGGAUAGCGAUUGGGAUGAGGACAAGGCAGUUAAAUCACCAAUGGGACGACGCCAAGUACCGAAUAUCUCAGCAAAUGGCCUCACUGCUAGGUCUUCAAACAGAGAUGGUUGGGAAAAUAACUGGGAUGAUUAGACAUUUUUAGCAGAAAAAAGGAAGGUAAGAAAGUGAAGGAGUGACAGUCAUAGAAGAGAAGGAAAAGGAAUUGGCGAUACGGGCAACUUGAUAUAGAAAAUGUAAAUUGGUCCACACAGUUGUCAUGUUAACAUUAACAGUCAUGAAUAGGGAGUCCUCAAAAGAGCCUAUGUUUUUACUUCCAUUUAUCAUCGGUGAUGAUUCAUGCUGUUUGAGUUUACUAAAUGAAGUUCAACUGUGGUUUUUAUGUUUUGGUUGUAGAGGAGCAUUCAAUUUUUAGGCAUUUGAGGUUGGCAAAGUAUUGAACUGUGUCUCUAAAACUGAAGAGUCAGAAUGUUGUUUUGAAAGACAAUACAGAUGUUAGCUCCAUUGUUGUUUCAUGUAUUUGCAGGAUUGGGAUAAUCACGAUUUGAACAAGUAUGUAAGUGAAAGGAUGGAAGACAAUCAUAUUAUUAUUAGCA